CACAAAGCUGGCUCCCCAUCCUCAAGGUCUGCCAGCCCAGGCCGCGACCCCACCAUCAAGAACGUCUCCACGGGCCGUCACCACCUCCCCCCGUAGCUUGCUGUCAACACCCAACAGCUCGGUUCGCCGGCCGCAAACAAUCUCCGCCCCAGCGUCGCUCUGUUCUUCUGCAUCUCCCUUCUGCCAUCCAACCGUAACCAUGGCGAAUCCACCCCCCAUAGUGCUCGAUGGCGGUACCGGUUUUCUCAAGGUUGGCUAUGCCGGCCAGAACUUCCCCGAGUUCCAAUACCCGUCCAUCGUCGGCCGGCCAAUCCUCCGUACCGAAGAGAAGGGCAGCAGCGACAUGGUAAUCAAGGACAUCAUGUGCGGAGAUGAGGCCGCGGAGGCGCGCACCAUGCUCCAGAUUAGCUACCCGAUGGAGAACGGCAUCGUCAAGAAGUGGGACGACAUGCAGCAUCUCUGGGACUACACCUUUUACGAAAAGUUGAAGAUUGACCCCCGCGGCCGCAAGAUCCUCCUCACCGAACCGCCGUUGAACCCUCUGAAGAACCGCGAGCAGAUGUGUGAGGUCAUGUUUGAGCGGUAUGGGUUUGGCGGAGUCUACGUUGCCAUUCAGGCCGUUUUGGCGCUCUAUGCCCAAGGUCUCAGCUCCGGUGUGGUUGUCGACUCGGGCGACGGUGUGACACACAUCGUCCCUGUUUAUGAAUCCGUCGUCCUCAACCACCUCACACGCCGCCUCGACGUGGCUGGCCGCGACGUCACCCGCAAUCUCAUCGCCCUCCUGCUCCGCAGAGGAUAUGCGCUGAACCGGACCGCCGAUUUCGAGACGGUGCGCCAGAUCAAGGAGAAGCUCUGCUACGUUUCGUACGACCUGGAGUUGGACAAGCGGUUAAGCGAGGACACGACGGUUCUGGUGGAGAGCUACACGCUGCCCGACGGGCGGGUGAUCCGCGUGGGCUCGGAACGGUUCGAGGCGCCCGAGUGCCUGUUCCAACCGCACCUGGUCGACUGCGACCAGCCCGGCAUCGCCGAGUUCCUCUUCAACACCAUCCAAUCCGCCGAUGUCGACGUCCGCUCGGCCCUCUUCAAGGCCAUUGUCUUGUCGGGCGGCAGCAGCAUGUACCCGGGCCUGCCGUCCCGUCUGGAGAAGGAGCUCAAGCAGCUGUGGCUCACGCGAGUGCUGGGAGGAAACCCGGAACGGUUGAGCAAGUUCAAGGUCAGGAUAGAAGACCCGCCGCGGAGAAGGCACAUGGUCUUCCUCGGCGGUGCCGUCCUGGCCAACAUCAUGGCCGACAACGAGAACAUGUGGAUCUCGAAGCAGGAAUGGGAGGAACAGGGCCCUCGGGUUCUAGAGAAGCUGGGCCCGAGAUAGGCCAGUUCGGAAACAGUAGCAAGCGUCGCAAUUUUUUUUUUUUAGACGAACGAAGAUUGAAGACGGUAUCAUCAUUAUGCCGACGCUGUGUCACUCCUCUUGCAGCUGUUGCAGGCGCGGAAAGUGACCCCUCUCAUCUCAAAAAUGGCAAACGAUGCAUCUUGGACAAGAGAAGCAGGAAGCCGGCGAGCCAAUGAAUAGCAAACUACACGGAGGAGGCCAUAAUGGUCAGGGCUUCGACUCGCCCUCUUCGACGGUCCGUCCGCCCGCU